GAAAAACAUAUGGCGCCAAUGAGAUGGAUGUGCCGUCUUUGAUGAUCGUCAAACAGAAACUUUGAUAUAGCGAGUAGCUGUACUUCCGGAGCAGCCAUAGUGCUUUCUUUCUAAUCGGUUCGUGGCGAGGAGGAAGUUAAUGUCGUUGCCAUGAAGCUUAACGUGUCUUACCCUGGCACUGGGUGCCAGAAAUUGUUCGAAGUUACCGAUGAACACAAGCUUAGAAUUUUUUAUGAAAAGCGAAUGGGAGCAGAAGUUGAAGCAGAUGCACUUGGAGAUGAGUGGAAAGGUUAUAUAGUGCGUAUUUCUGGUGGAAAUGACAAGCAAGGUUUCCCAAUGAAACAAGGAAUUUUAACAAAUGGUAGAGUGCGCCUCUUGUUGUCAAAGGGUCAUUCAUGUUACCGCCCGAGGCGGGAUGGUGAAAGAAAGCGUAAAUCGGUUCGUGGGUGCAUUGUUGAUGCAAACCUAAGUGUGUUGGCAUUAGUCAUCACCCGCAAAGGAGAACAGGAAAUCCCUGGCCUCACUGACAAUACAAUUCCACGUCGGUUGGGACCAAAGCGUGCUUCAAAGAUUCGGAAGCUCUUUAAUUUAUCAAAGGAAGAUGAUGUGCGACAGUACAUUGUGAAGAGACCGUUGCCAUUGAAAGAAGGUAAAACUAAGCAACGUUUCAAGGCACCAAAAAUUCAACGGCUUAUCACUCCAGUUACAUUACAGCGCAAGCGGCAUCGCCUGGCAUUGAAGAAGCGCCGUGCAUUGCGCCGUAAGGAACAAGCUGCAGACUAUGCUAAACUUUUGGCUCAAAGACAAAAGGAGGCUAAAGUAAGGCGUCAAGAAGAAAUAAAGCGAAGACGGUCAGCGUCACUGAGGGAUUCAAAGUCAUCUAGCCAAGGAGCACCACAUAAAUGAAGUUAAUGAUGUACUUGUUUGCAAAAUAAAUUCUGGAAGUGA